AUGACCACAGAAGAUACUGGUCCUGCCACUGAUGACUUUCACGUCGCCAAUUCAUGCUCAUGUCUCGAUGACUCCAUUGUUCGGCGACGGCGACAGGGCGAAUAUUUCCCCGGCCGUCGGUGUGGUUUCUGCGAUCCGAUGGGCUGGACCCGUCAACCCCAUCGCCGUGCUCUGACGCUGACUACACUCCUGACAUCGAGUCAGACGGCCAAAAGCCACAAGAUCAACAUCAUCAACACAGCCAACGCCAUCAUCAACAUCACGGGGACCACAAACCAGACCACUCGCACAUUACUAGUCGCGGAACCCCGGCACGACACUCGCGUCGUGAACGGUCUGAGUAUCGUUCGUGGGAUCGGGCGAGUGAUCAGCCGACGGUGGGAAAGACGGGCUCGAAGAGUCGUGCGAGUUCACGGCACUGAAGCUAUCUUCUGA